UGGGGAGUUUAACCACCUUCGCCCCCACAACCCAUGAACACACACAGACGGUGGAGAAGUGACCCACAUCAACUGCUUCCCUCCAAAAGCACAAGGGGCUGCAUUUUAAAAUGGGGGUAGGAAGGAGGCCCUGAGGGGAUGGAUUGUAGUUAAUCAACAUUCAACAACUGGAGUGGAAAGAGGCUAACUAUGAAGGGAUUAUAUACUAGAUAAUAAAAUCACAGAGAAAGUUUGCAAAAUCAGAGGGGAUUUUAUAUUCAUCAUAGUUAAUAAAAGGGAGCAAAUUUGAUGGGAUUUUAAUUGAAAAUGAGGGAACAAGUGGGAUAAAAUGCUAGGCAAUUUUACAUCAAUAUUCAAUUAUUUGAAUGGAAAAGUACAAAAUCUGAGAGCAUUCUCAAUCAGACCAAACCUGAAGAAAUAUGCUGUGGUUUCAGAGCAAAGGCCUGGCAUGGUUUUGGGGCUCAGAGCAGGGGUUAGGCUCUUUGUGUAUAAAGGAGAGUUUGGGGGGGGAAUGGUCACUAGUUUGGGAGGCUGGCGGGAGGGGUAAAGCAGGCAGCUUUCCAGUACAAAUUCAGCCCCCUGCCACCAUCCCUAAAGGGCGCCCUGGAGAGGGUCAGGGUUGGUGCAGCCCUGGACUGGGGGGCACGAACCUCCAGGCAGCCUCUUUACUCUGCCUGGUUGCCCACUGGUGAGUGCACCAGCCUGCAGGAAGCCCCAGAAGCCUGUCUGGACACAUGCUGCCUCUCCUUCUAUAGCCAAGCGCCCCUGCCGGCCAGCUCCUAUCCCCUGGAACUGCACUCCGGUGCGCACCGGUUGCCUGCACCUCUGCUGGCAGCUCACAAUGAUGUGUCAGUUUCUCCAGAUCCUCCUCACCUGCGGCAGAGCUCUACCAGGGGCGAUGCCCUAGGCCCCUCUGGAGUCCCACCCUGCGGUGACACAGCGAUGGGGGGAGAAAUGCUCUAGGGAGCAGUGUGGGGCUGUGGCAGGUGCUGUUAUUCAUGCAACAGCCCUGCAGAGGCCUUGCUGCGCCAUGGCAGGGACCAGCCAUACGAGAUGCUGCCCUUGCAGUGUUUGUGGUCCAGCCUCCCUUUGCUGUUUGAGCAAGAAGGUGUUUCCGGACUCACCAAAGUAACAAGAGACAAUGUAUUCGGAGUCAGAACCUGUUUGGUGUUCAAAGUUCAGAGUCCACCCACUUCUGAGAAGAGAAAAGGAAACUAAAUUUCUCCACUCACUGCAGAAGCAGCCAUGGCUGCUGCAAAGGCAGGAAACACGCUCCUGAGUGAACUGACUUGUUCUGUGUGUAAAGAUUAUUUUAAAGAUCCCGUGUGUCUGGAUUGUGGGCACAAUUUCUGCCGAGCCUGCAUCACUCAAUGCUGGCAGGGACUGAGUACAAACUUCCACUGUCCGGAGUGCAGAGAAACCUUCUCCCAGAGGAACUUCAAACCGAACAGACAGCUAAGGAAUAUUGUAGAAGCCUCCAGACCUCUGACAAUGGAGCUAAAAAAAGAGCCAGAAGUGGAGACAAUGUGUGAGAAACACAACGAGGCUUUGAAAAUCUUCUGCCAAGAGGACCAAAUCCCCAUUUGCUUGGUUUGCCAGGUGUCCCGAGAUCACAAAGACCAUACCGUGGCUCCCAUAGAUGAAGCUGCCGAGGUUUACAAGGACCAAAUCCACAGCUCUAUGAAGAUUUUGAAGGAGAAAAGAGACAAGAUUCAGUCAUUUAAAUUGAGUGGAGAAAAGAAAAGCCAAGAACUGCUGAAACAGCUAGAAACUGAGAAGCAGAAGAUUGUGUCUGAAUUUGAGCAACUGUCCAAGUUUCUGAAGGGACAAGAGCGACUCCUGCUGGCCCAGCUGGAAGAGCUGAACAAGGAAAUUGAGAAGAGGCGGGAUGAAUAUGUGGCCACACUAUCUGAGGAACUGUCCUCGUUCAGUUCCCUGAUCAGUGAGUUGGAGCAGAAGUGCCAGCAGCCAGCGAUACAAUUCUUGCAGGACAUCAAAGGUGCCUUGCGCAGGUGCGAGAGGGAGAAGUUUCAGAACCCUGUGGUGUUUUCUUCUGAACUGAAAUGGAAAGUCUGGGAAUCUUCUCAAAGAAAUGGAUCCCUGGACGUCGUCAUGAAAACAUUCAGAGACUCACUGGCGUCUAGAAAGCAGCUGAGCAAAGGUAAAUUUCUGGCAUCUAAAGGGGGGUGAAACCUUUCCUAUGAAGUAUGGUGGCUUGGUGGCACCACCACAGCUCAGGUUUUCUUUCCAUUUUGCUUUUGACGGGAGCUGAACACUGUAUUGGUGGAGGCCACACAGAUCUUUCCUAAAACCAGAGAAGUAGAUUCUUUUCUCUGUCAUAAGUUAGAAUCUUUAAAUAUUGGUUGAGGGUAACCAGAGGGGCAGUGGCAGAAGAGAGGGGGGAGCAGUGUAUCACAAUGGAAAUCAAAAAGUAUAACAAUGAUCUUUUUGGGAAAUCAGAGCGGCCAUCUCACGUCAUUUGCAGAACUCGUCAUGCACGUGCAUCACACCCCCAGCCACAUUAUUACACUAGCAAAUGCACGAGCGGUACAGUCAAGACGAGGGAAAUUCAGCACACAAUGAUCGACAGUUCUGUUUUAGAAGUCAAAAGAAAUCUUGUUAAACCUGCCCAAAGGCCUUAGGCCGGCAUCCUACAGUAGCGGACAGACCGGCCCUCACGAUUUGAAUGUGCAA